AUGGAUAAUGAAAAAUUGUUUUGGUCAGUUUAUCAUAAUAUAUUUAUUAGAAGUUUAAUAUUUAGUUUCAUUUCAAAUGGAAGAUUAGAAUUUAGCGACGAAACAUUUUUAUUUGAUAAAUUAAAUACCAAAUUUUAUAUUGGUAAUAGAAGAAAAUUUAAAUACAUUAAAAAACUAUCAUGGUUAAUUAAAAGAAAACAAUACAAUUUAAUUAAAGAUAAAAUUAAAGAUUUAAAUAGUGGUUUAUUAAUAACAAAGAAAUCAAUUUAUUAUUUAAUUGAACAAUUCAAUAAUAAUAAUAAUUAUAAUAAUAAUAAUAUUAAAAAUAAUGAUGAUGAAAUUAAGGACCAAAUUGAAAUAUUUGAAUUAUUGUGUAAAUUUAGAAAGUUAGAAUUAAUGUCAGUCGAUGUUGAUUUAAUUGAAAUUUCAAGUUUAGUAAAUAAUUUAAAUUCUUUAAAGGUAUUUACAAAAUUUGAAAUUCCAACAACAACUGUUUCAAUGGAUCAUGCAAUCACAAAAUGUAAUUUAGAAUCGUUAGAAUAUUUAUUAUUAAAUAGAAAUGAAGGGUUUUCAAUUAAUUUAUUAAAUGAUAUUUUAAUGAAUUCUAGUAUACCUAAAUUAGAAAGACUUUUAAAUUUUUUAUUAAAUAAUAAUAAUUGUAAUUGUUGUAAAAUUAAUAUACCAAUAUCAGAUAUACUUAAACAACAAUCUAAAAUUCAAAAAGUUAAAGAGAAUGAAGAAAUUAUAGAUUGUCUUGAAAUUAGAAAUGAAGAAAUUCAAAAUAAAUUAAUGGAUUUUGAACAGGUUGAAAUAAUAACAUCAGUUAAUAAAAUUACUACAUUAUUUUCUCAAUAUGAUAUAAUCACUCUAACUCAACCAAUAAAUCGUUAUUUACAUUUACAUUUUUCAAAUAUUAAAAUCAUUGAAAUUAUUGAUAAAUAUUUCAUUUUAAAUUUUAAAAAUGCAAUUGCUGAUAAAAAAGCAACAAAUCAUUAUUUUCCUAAUCAUGAUUUUGUUACUUCUAUAGCUCCAGUUCAACCAAAAUUAGGAUUUGUAGAUGGUCAAAGAAUACCAAAAAUUGAUAAUAAUUUACACUAUACUACAUUCAAUAAAUUUAAUAGUUACUAUAAUGAUUAUUUUUCACCAAGACAUCAAUCACAUAUUCAAACUAAUAAUAGAUUAAAUAAAAACAAUAAUAGUAUUGAUGAUGGUGGUGAUCAUAAAAAUAAAAUUUACUCUUUGAAUGAAAAUUAUUUUAUAAGAAGAAAUUCAUUAGUUACAUUAUUUAAUUUAGGUGGUGUUAAAGAGGUUUUAGAAGCAAUAAAAGAAAAUCCAAAAUAUUAUGAACUAAAUUUUAACAUUUCUUUAAGAGAGAUGACUAAAAUUAUUAAAUAUUAUGAGAUUGAAAUUUCAAUUCAACUGUUACCAAAAUUUUUAGGCCAAUCUACACAAUAUCCUUUUAGAAAUACAAUUUUAAAUUUAUUAAAUUCAUCCAUAAAGAAUUCUAGAACUGAUCAAUUUGAAUUAUUAUUAGCAUUAGCAAAAGGUACAAAACUUGAUCUUUAUUCAUCAUAUUCUGUUACUUUUUCACCUGUCAAAAACAUUAUUCAUCAAUUAUUAAUUUCUGUUAAAAGAGGUGAUAUUAAAAUGUAUGAAUAUUUAUUAUCACUUGUAUCAAAUAAUAUUAAAAAUCUUAAUAAUGAUCAAGAAGAAAAUAAAAUUAAUAAUAUAAUUAUUAAUAAUAUUGGUCAAGAUGAUAAUAAAAAUAAUAAUAUGGAUCAACAACAACAACAACAACAACAACAACAACAACAACAACAACAACAACAACAACAACAACAACAACAACAACAACAACAAGAAUUAGUACAAAAAUUAAGAUUUAAAAUUAUUUCUCAAACUUUAAAAAAUGCAACUCAAGCGAAUAAUAUUGUUUUAUGUGAAUUAUUAUUGUCAAAUGAGUUAUAUAAUAUUUAUAUACCAAAAGAUUUCGAUUACUCAUUAAUGACUAUAAAUAAUAGUGAAAAGGACAUAACCUUAUUAGAAACACUUUUAACUUUAUCUUUAAAUGGUGUAUACAUUUCAUCAAAAACUUUAAUAAAUUUCAUUAAUGAUGAAAAUAUUAUUUCACAAAAUUUAAAUGAAUAUCAAAUUGAAUCAUUAAAUAAUUUUAAAAAAUAUAAAUUAAUAAAUUAUAAGGAAAAUAUUAAAAAUGAAAUAAUUGAAAAUAAUAAUAAUAAUAAUAAUCACAGUAAUAAUUAUAAAAUAAAUCUCAUGAUUUCUUUAAUAAUUGAAAGAAAUAAUACAUUUAUAGGUAAAAUCAAUAAAAUCAAUAAUAAUAAUAAUAAUAAUAAUAAUAAUAAUAAUAAUAAUAAUAAUAAUAAUAAUAAUAAUAAUAAUAAUAAUAAAAUAAUUGAUAAAAAUUAUUUAUUAUUUAAAAGAGUUUGGGGAAAUAUUAUAAUUAGAAAUGAAAUUUUAUUUCAUUUAAAAUUAUUUAAUAUUCAUAAAAAUACAGUUUUAGUAAAUAAUAAAAAUAAACUUUACAAUUAUAAAUACAAGAGUUAUUUAAAUUCAAUUAUAAUUAGAGAUGAUGGUAAAAAUGAUAUUGAUUAUGAUAAAAUUAAUUUUGAUUCAAAAACAGGUAAAAAAAUAAUAAAUGAUGAAGAAAAUGAAGAAAAUGAAGAUAGUAAUAAUAAUAAUAAUAAUAAUAAUAAUAAUAAUAAUAAUAAUAAUAAUAAUAAUUUUGAUUAUAUUGAUAAUGAAUAUUAUGAAUUUCCAAAUAAUUUAACAAAGAUUGAAAUUCAAUUAAAUACUAAUAAAUUGAAAUUACCACAAUCAAUUACUAGUAUUAAAUUUGGUGAUAUUUUUAAUCAAUCGUUAGAUGGUGGUUGGAUACCAAUAGGUUUGGAACAUAUUGAAUUUGGAGAAGAUUUUCAACAACCAAUUAGAGUUGGACAUUUACCACAAUCUUUGAAAUCAAUAAUCUUUGAUGAAGAUUAUAGAGGUGAGAUUGAAUUUGGUGCAAUAUCAUCAAACUCUAUUGAAAAUGGUGUAUUAAUAUCAAAUUCAAGAUCACCAUUAUCAUUAUCACAAUUUCAUCAUAAAUUUAUUUCAAUGCAAAAUAGAAGAACAAUUGAAGGAUAUAGAAUACCAAAUUAUGUAAAUUCAUUAGAGUUUGAUGAUUACUUUAAUCAAGAUUUUAGAGUUGGUGAUUUACCAAAUAACAUUUGUGUUUGUUUAAAGUUUGGAUAUGAAUUUAAUAGUAUCAUUGAGAGGAAUACAUUGCCAAUGUUUUUAAAGGAACUGAAAUUUGGUAGUGGGUUUAAUAAAGAGAUUGGUGUUGGUGUUUUACCAUUAACUUUGGAAUCACUUGAAUUUGGUUACUCAUUCAAUCAGAAACUAUCAUCACUUAAUUUACCAAAAUCUUUAAAAUACUUGACAUUAGGUUCAUCAUGGAGACAAACAGUGGAUUUUAGUCAAACAAAUUUAAUCUCAAUCAAAUUUUCAGAAAGUAUUUAUGCCUUAACAUUAAAAGAUGAUAUUGGUGGUGGUGGUAGCAAUUCAUUUCCACCAACACUAACAUCUUUGACAUUGGGUGUAUAUUCUCAUCAAACUAAUUCAAAUUUAUUUCCACAAUCUUUAAUUCAUUUAACAAUUGGUCGUACUUUAAAUAAUUCAACAUUUGAUUUAUAUGAUACAAACAUUACCACCCUAACACUUGGUAAUUAUUUCAGUAAUCCAGUUUUACCAAAGAAUUUGAAACAUUUAAUUAUAAAAUCAAUUCGAAAAUCUGAUUUAUCAAGCUCAACCCUACCUCAAACAUUAGAAUCAAUCCAUAUUUUAAAAACAACUCCAAAAUUAUCUUUUAAAAAUCUUCCUCAAUCUAUAAAAAAUAUUUAUUGUAAUGAUUUAAAUCUUUUAAAUUCUGCUCCUCUCAAAUUUUUUUUAAAAUAUUUCAAUUUGUUUGAUCAAAAAUAUGAAAUUUGUGUGGUUAAUAAUCCAUUCAUAUUCUUUGUUUUAUUAUAUUAA